AUGUCCAUGGAUAUGGUCACUGUCUACAUCAAAGGUGAAAACGGCUCAGUCGACGGCCCUCCCUUCAACCUCCACAAAUCCUUCUUUACCCACGUCUCUCCGUACUUCGAAGCGGUCUUUAAUUCUGGAUUUGCCGAGUCUGAAAUCCAAACCUUAAAUUUCGCCGAGUCUAACCGCGAGAUAUUUGCCAUGUUGGUCGAUUGGGUCUAUAAGAAAGACCUCAAGGCUCUCGCUGCCUUCGAGCUUGAUGAUCGUAAGAACCUUCCCGUCGGUAUCAGACUCAGCGCCCUCCAAGGAAAUGACCUAGAGGAAUAUAUCAAGAAAUCUCAGGAAACAGCCUUUGAGCAUACUACAAAGCUGAUUGACCUCUGGUUUUUUGCAGAUAAGGUAAUAAUUCCAGAGUUACAAAAUGCUGCUCUUCAGGCCAUAGAAAUACUCCGCUUCUUUACUCCUUUACAAGGAGUUCCAGCGGAUAUCUCUCGAGCAGUCUACGACAAGACACCAAAAGGUUCUCCUCUACGCUUGUACCUUGCUGAAACCACUCUGCGUCGCUUGCAACCUAAUUCUGGGAAUGAAGGCGAGAACUUUCACCCAGAUAUGUUAGUAGAUAUCUUCAAUUUUGUGAAGAUUGUUGGUGCAGAUGCUAAAUUGCGCCAUUAUGGGUUAUCUGAAAAGGUAAUGGUGGCUUACUUUGUCCCUAAUAAGGGAGAUGCUCAUCUAGAGGGCAAUCCUAUCGUUACUGCCCCCCUUGCAGAUGACAUUUGGAUCAGCUUGUGGGAGCUUAGAAGAUAUGCGUUGAAGUUUUGA